AGGAGUGGGGAUGACUUUCGAAAACAGUCACGACUUGUCAACAAUAGUUCAUAAGUUGUAAUAUUUUUACAGAUUUUUAUUUUACAUUUCCGAAACUAUAAUAUUAGAAUUUCAAUGCUUGUUAAUCAAGUUACGAGAAGAGUUUCUCCAGUUUUAAAAAAUUUAUAUAUUUCCAUUAGAACAAUACCCAAAGUAAUUCCUGUGCAAACUAUGUCAACUGAAUCGAAAAUAGUGGAACCAAACAAUAAUCUAGUUGGUGUUGCACAAAUGCGUUCAACGAACGACAAAAAUGCAAAUCUAGAACAAGUAAAACUUCUUUUUCAAAAGGCCAAAAGCUUAAACGUUAAGUUCCUUUUUCUACCCGAAUGUUGUGACUUUGUUGGGGAAAAUCGACAAGAAACCCUUACAUUAUCAGAAUGUCUAAGUUCAAGCAUUUCACCGUAUGCAGAUUUGGCUAGAGAUAACAAUAUGUGGGUCUCCCUUGGUGGCAUCCAUGAAUCUAUUCUGAAUUCGUCUUCCGAGAAGACCGAGAAAAUUUAUAAUACUCACGUAUUAAUCAAUUCGAAUGGGGAAAUUGUUAAAACUUACCAUAAACUACACUUGUUUGAUGUUGUGACACCAGAAUUCCGUUUUCGAGAAUCCGAUGUGGUUUCAAAUGGAGACCGUAUAAUUGCACCGGUAGAAACGCCUAUAGGUAAAUUAGGGAUGCAAAUUUGCUAUGAUAUUCGUUUCGCUGAACCGUCAACAAUACUACGAAAACUUGGUGCUGAAGUUCUAUCCUAUCCUUCAGCAUUUGCUUUUACAACUGGGCAAGCACACUGGGAAGUGUUAUUGCGAGCUAGAGCUAUUGAGAAUCAAUGUUAUGUUGUAGCACCUGCCCAAAUAGGAUUUCAUAAUUCUAAAAGACAAAGCUACGGAUAUGCAAUGAUUGUUGAUCCAUGGGGAAAGAUUUUGGCCUGCAGCGAGCAAAGAGAACUAGAUGUUAUUACAGCUCAUAUAGAUCACAACAAAUUAGAGAAAAUUCGGCAAAAUAUGCCAUGUUUCGAACAUCGUCGUAACGAUAUCUACAGUUUAAGUGCAAUUGAGACUGCUGAGCUAGAAAAUGUUGAUCGAAUAUUUGGUUCACAGACCAUUCCGGCAUCAACAAUUUUUUUUGAGAGCCCAUAUUGUUAUGCAUUCACAAAUUUACGAUGUGUUGUAAAAGGACAUGUUUUAGUAUCAACGAAGCGUGUGGCGCCACGGUUGCAAGAUCUGAAUCGAGAUGAGAUAAGUGAUUUAUUUAAUACUGUAUGUAAAAUUCAAAGAAUGUUAGAAGAUAUUUACCAUACUUCAGCGGCUACAGUAACAGUGCAAGAUGGUCCUGAUGCCGGACAAACUAUUAAUCACGUGCAUUUCCAUGUGAUGCCUCGGCGGCCUGGAGAUUUUGGCCACAACGAUCAAAUUUACACUCAACUUGAAAAAAUAUGUGAUAGUAAAAAUCGUGAUAUUACCGAAAUGGUUUCUGAAGCAGAAAUAUAUCGGGAUUUCAUUAUCAAGAGGAGAAUUUAAUUAACAAUUAACAAUUAUAUAAUUGUGUUAAAGUUAAAAAAAAAAAAUAAAUAAAUAAAUACAUUAAUAUUUUUAGUUUAUAGAUGAUGGCUUUCGC